AGUAACCAUAGCAACCAGUGAAGUUUGGCUCAACGCUAACACUGUUUCCGGUGACACUGCUUAUACAUUUUGAUAGCUGGCAAACUCUAAGUUUUAACGUAUUUGGCCAUAGUGUAUCUCCCACUUCAUCUUUAUCUCUGUCCGACAGUCAGCCAAAAAUCCUGCGGAAACAUAAGAGAAAGAAAUAUAAAAAGGAAAAACGAUGGAGACUUCGAACGGAAUCCAGGACAAAAGUCUUCAAUCUGCAGCUUCUUUCAAGGCUUUCCUGUUAAAAAGCAGCACGACGAGCAACAUGAACGUCUAUGAACACCUCACUCGGUUGCUGAUGAAGGUGAUGGAUGAGCAGCCACAGAAUGUGGUGGAUGUGAUUGAGGAUAUGAGCCUUGAUGUGAAGCGGGCUACAUUUGAUGGCAUGCAGAGUACCCUGCGAGAUCUCCCACAGAUUACAGCUGCUGAGCUGCUGGCUGAGCAGCAGCACCUGCUGUUUUCUCGGCCAGAAGACGCUGACCGAGAGGAGGAACUGGUGGAAACACCUCUUCCUAAUGUGAGUGAGACUGGCUUUUACCUGGAGCAGGCUGGCGUGGGUCUGGCCAGAGAGGAGAUGCAGAGAGUCUUCCUUGCACUCAAGCAGCUUGUUGAGACACAGGCACUGAUGCGCUGCCGCCUAUGGGGGAAGAUUCUGGGAAUAGAGACAAGCUACAUCAUUGCUGAAGCUGAGUACAGAGAGGGAGAGGAAGAUGAAGAGCAGAGCACUGAUGAGGAAGCAGCUGACGGAGAGGGGAGAAAGGCUGAGACUCAUCUGACUGAGAAUGAGACAGAUCCACUUCCUCAGUCAACCUAUAAACCACCACCAGUAGUGCCAAAGGAGGCCAGAGGAACAGGUGCUAACAAGUUUGUUUACUAUGUGUGCCAAGACCCUGGUCUUCCUUGGGUGAAGCUCCCAUCAGUCACUCCAGCACAGAUCACUGUUGCUCGCCAAAUCCGUAAAUUCUUCACAGGCAGGCUGGAUACCCCAGUUGUGAGCUACCCACCCUUUCCUGGGAAUGAAGCCAACUAUCUGAGAGCACAGAUUGCUCGGAUCUCUGCCGGCACCCAGGUCAGCCCACAGGGCUUCUUCCAGGCUGGGGAAGAGGAAGGCGAGGAAGAAGACGAGGCACCCAGGGACAGCUACGAAGUAAAUACUGAUUUUGAGGGCAGACAAGUUGCUGAGAUGGUGGAGUCUUUAUCCUUCUGGGUGCAUCAUACUCAGCACAUCCUUAAGCAGGGUCGCUGUACUUGGGUGAACCUAGCUGUGAGACCAGGAGAGGACUCCAAUGAAGAAGAUGUUGAGGAAAAGGAAGAGGAGCCUGAUGAGCCAGAGCCAGAAGUUGGACCCCCUCUGCUUACGCCCCUCUCCCAAGAUGCAGAUAUGUUCAACACCCCUCCCUGGAGCUCUAAGAUGUCCUCUACUCUCACCUCUCAGCAUGCAGUAGCUGUGCUCCGCUCCAACCUCUGGCCUGGGGCAUAUGCAUAUGCUUGUGGAAAAAAGUUUGAGAACAUAUAUAUUGGAUGGGGUCUGAAGUAUGCAGGGGAAGGGUACAGCCCACCUGUCCCCUCAAUGCCACAGAAGGAAUAUCCCAGUGGACCGGAAAUCACAGAGGCCCUGGACCCAUCACUGGAGGAGGAACAGGCGCUGAAAGACUCUUUGGAGGAGCAGCAAGCUGCCCAAGAGGAGAUGGAGGACACAGAAGAAGGGGAGGAGGAAGAUGACGACUGAGGAAAAAUACAUAUUCAGAACAUUUUAUAAUUUUUUUCCUCUCAAGUAUUUAUCUGUGAGUCAAUGGACAAAUAAAUCAGUUCUCUUGUUGUUUGAUAUUGUA